UCAAACAAGCGUACUCAGCAACAAGACUAGCGGCAAUCUCUCAAGAGGCGGCUUUAGUUUAUUUUAAUAUCUCUGUCUGCGUGAUCUGCUUAGCAUGUAUAGACGUGAAAAACCACUUACUCUUAAAAGAAGUGCAUCAGCACUUUGUAAUAAUAUAUCCGUUCUUGUUAUGAUAGAGAAACAUCAGAUUGCUUACGCUGUUGUGCACAAGUAUGAAGUCAAUAUCAUUACAGCCUCAACAGAUGGAGCAAAUAUUACUGCCAAGCAAGUUGUUUGUAAGGAGCCUUCAGCCACUCAGGGAAACCCCUUUCUGACGCAGGCAAAAUGGGUUAAGCUCACAUCAAGGUGUGUACUUGUUUUGACAACACAGAAAGGAAUUCAGAUUUUUGAACCAGAUGGCUCAGCAAUGAUCUAUUGGCAUGGACUUGGUGAUACAUCAGAUGCCUCUGUAAACAGCAAUUUUGCUAGAGGAGUGACUGGAGUUGAAGACAUUUUAUGUGUUGGGACUGAAAGUGGUAAGAUCUUGGUUUUCCGUAUUCCAUCUAAGGGCACAGAUGUUACUCUUCAGAGUACACUGAAAGGCCAUUCAUGUUCCAUAUGUGACCUGGCUUCAAAAGAAAACAUUGUUGUGAGUGGUGACAGCAUGGGAAACAUCUUGGUUUGGAAAUUCAAUGGUUCAAAUUCACAGCAAGUUACAUCAAUACCAGGAUCAGGCUCACCCUGUAAUUCGCUAGGCCUGUGGAAAGAUGUUCUUGUGGCUGGGUAUGGUUCAGGUCACUUGCGUGUUUUUAGUGCAUCUACUGGUAAGCUUGCAGCCGAGGCUACAGCUCAUGCUCGUACAAUCAAUGCCAUCGACAUUGCUACUGAUAACGGAUUGGUAUUGUCAGUAAGUGAUGACUCCUUCCUAAGGCUGUGGCAAAUUAGACUUGACAAAUCGCCGCGGCUGGAGUAUAAGCAUGCUGAGAAUGUAACGGACAUCCAACUGACAGGUGGAAAAUUUGUUGAUGCUCAAGGAAGAGCUUUGUGUCUCACAGGAUAUGAUCACAAUGAGAUUAUCUUCUAUGUAAAAUCCUAACCAAUCAGCAGUGAAUCAAAUUAUCAGACUGUUUGAAGUCACCUUAGAUUUGUUCAUCAUCUCAAUAUACCAAUUACAGAUUUGCCAAAUUGUUGAAGCAAAUAGCUUCUUUGCUUGUUAUUUUCUGUUAUAUUUGUUAUAUUCAUUAAUUUGUCAUAAAUAUGUACCAGUUAAAGUUAUUCUUUAGAGUUACUGCUUUUCAGAGUGUUUGAAAUUUUCGUUUGCCCUUUAACUCUUUCAAUAAUUCUGAGUAAAAACUGUAAGCAGUGAGUCUUUUAUUUUAUGAUGUAGUACUUUUAUUUUUUGGUUGAAAUAUAUUAGCUAGAAAGAAAAAUUCUGUUUUAUGCUCAGAAAUCAUGAACAGUUCCAUUUAUGCCACAGGUAAAUAAAGAGUGCAAUAAAGAUCUGCCCAGGGUUUUAACAUGGUAUCCCAAAUUGUGGUGACAUGUGGUGGUUUUCACCAUUGUCUUGUUUCCAUAAUCUUCAAGCAGACUGCAAUAUCUUUUGUUGAAACCCAGGGUGUAGAUCACUGAAUCUUUAUUUUAUGAUGCAAAAUAAGAACCAGAAAAUAUGUCACACAGUCUGGUAACUUUAAAACAUCGUUGAUGUAAGAUAAUAUUUAUAUAAAUGUUAAUAUGCAUCCAUGUACAUGUGUAUGUAUAUACCUGUGUUAGCUAAUUAUGUGCCUGUGGGUGUCUACACACACACACACUCCAUUUUAUUUAAAAGCUGCCUUAUGCUUGUGUAUAACAUCUGUUUCUUUAGACUGGUUAUGUGGGUAAUGUGCACACUGUAUAAAACAUGUUUGCAAGCGCAGACAUUGUAUUAUUUAGUUAACUGUAAAGUAGAUUUUAAGCCACAGACUGUUCAUCCUGUUUGUAUUCAAAAAAUAAAUGUUCAAAUAUAAAAAGGUGUAUAUUUGUUAUGUUGGUAUUAGCUUUUCAUGGGUUUCUGCAGAGUACCAUACUACUAAUGGCUCUUUAACAUGAUUUGACCAUUGCAAUUAAAAAACUGUUCUUCCUGA